CGUAAGAGUAAACGGCGCACGAUUCGCAGGCGCGCGCGCCGGGAAAAUCAUUCUAACGCAUCGACCGCUCGAGCCGAACGUCGGUCAAUCGGGAAGUGUCAUCUCAACUCGCUAUUAAACACGAUGUAUAUACGAACAAUAUAAUGAAUAAAAAUUCGAAGUGUUUGUGUUAUUGUCUCCGACGAGGACCUUAUUAACAUGUGCUACAAAAAGAAGAGCGUGUGUCAGCAAGAUCUCAGUUUGCCCCUGAAUCGAUUCAUAGAAACAUUGAAGAUUUUGAGAUUUUUGUUACUUCAGUUUCUUACUCCCCUGCAAGGGACGAUAUGGAUUAUGAUAUUGUUGUGAUUGUCUGUGACAAUUAGUUUAUAGACAUAGACAAUUGUGAUACGACACAAGUGUUUUUAAGUGUACAGAGAUAUUUUUCUGAAUAGUUUUUUAAUAAAACCUAGUCAAGAUGAUGUCCAAAAAGCAAUUGACCUGCAUGCUUGCGCUGCAUAUUAUGUACCUGCUGGUUGGUGCGAGCAUAUUCUACCACAUAGAGAGUCCAUUAGAAGUGAAGCAAAGAGCUGAAGAUAAACUGGAAAGACUUGAAAUUCAGAAUUUACUAUACGAGAACUAUUUACCUGAUGACCCGGACAAGCAGGACACCAUUCUUCGUAAGCUGUCGGACUACUGCGGGAAAUCCAUGUUCAACUACACAACGGAAGAUGCUGAACCUCCUUUCAAAUGGGACUUCUACCAUUCCUUCUUCUUCUCCUACACCGUCGUCAGUACUAUCGGUUAUGGAAAUUUGGCGCCGACAACGCACUUGGGAAGGAUCUUGAUGAUAUUCUACGGUCUGUUUGGUAUCCCUAUCAACGGUAUCCUACUUGCUAAUCUCGGUGAAUACUUUGGCAUGCAGCUCAUCUCAGUGUACCGCAAGUAUAAAAGACGCAAUGAGAAAAGGGCUCAUAACUUAGGAUACUACUUCAACAACUUGGGCAUGUUGGGUCAAAUCUUCUUGUACCUGGUGCCUGGUUUCUUGUUCUUCAUUUUCCUGCCUGCCUGCAUCUUCGUGGUCUUCGAAGGAUGGGACUACGUUGCUGCCAUCUAUUACGCCUUCGUCACCUUAACUACUAUUGGUUUUGGUGAUUUAGUUGCCGGUACGGUGAACAACGGAUUCAAAUACGGCUACUUUUGCACCUACCAAAUAUUCCUGAUAAUCUGGAUCACAUUCGGUCUCGGCUAUAUUGUGAUGUUGCUCGGAUUUAUCACCAGCGGUAUGAGAUCUGAACGAAUCCAUAGGAUAGAACAAAAGUUUGCUUGCCAAUUCAAGAAUACACAAAACAGGAUCCUUCAGGGCUUCACGAAGGAUCUGUCGGCACUUCGAAAAAUCAUUAAUGAAGCCAACUUGAUAAAGAUAAAGCCGGUGUAUGUAGAAGCGCAUCCUCCGCUCUACAGAAGCGCUAGCUGUCCGAUUUUCACAUAUGACGUCGAACCAAGAGGCCCGAUCUACAAAAGAAAACGAGCGAAUUCCGAAAAUAUUCAAUUAUCUGCUAAAGACAUGCUUCGAAUUCAAUCUGAUACCGAUCUACUUGGAAUUGAUAAAGAGAAAACAUUUACUGCGUCUGCUAUUGUCAAACCGGCUGAAUUAUUGGCUCGUGUAGUAAACGUAUUGGGCGGUUUAGAACAGGCGCAGAAAGAUCGGAACGAUAAGGGUAUACAUCUAUUUGAUGAUGAACACAUCUUAGCUAACGAAAGGCCUCCUAAGUUUAGUAUAGGUCAAGAUUACAUACCGAAUAAUCCAAAACGAACAAGGGCGUUAAGUGUAGCUGUGCCAAAUUAUAAAAAAGAAUAUAUUCCUCAAGAAGUUCAUGAGCAUACCUGGACUAAUGGUGAAUCAGCAGAGAAAUUUAGAAGGGAAGCUAAUAUUAGAAGUGGAAAAUUGUCACUGCCAUCUAAAGUCUAUCCUGAGGAUGCAGCACCGUCUCAAAAUAUAAUAACAAGAUUUUUCUCACGAAAACCAAGUUCAAACGAAAUCUUAACUCCUCAAGCCAUUAACGAUAAUAUCAAAGAUACCUCUAGCACUUCUAAGUCAAAACGAGGGAGCGUAUUCCCCACCUUCUUUGGAUCUGAAGAGCGAAAUGAAGCAGACGCUUAUAAAGAAAAAACCAAGAGGGGUAGGCACAGCAUAUUUCCAACUUUUGAUUUCAAUAAUGAAGAGGAAGAUUAUCUAGCCAAUGCUUACCUUGAAAGAACUAGUCGCGGAAGACAUAGCAUAUUUCCAACUUUCGAUUUUUCUGAAGAUGAGGAUGCAGCAGCUGUUAGAGCCUAUCAGCAGAAGUCUAAAAGACACAGUAUUUUCCCUACAUUUGAUUUUAGCGAAGAUGAAGAUGCUAAAGCAUACAAAGACAGAACAAGAUCAGGUCGUCGUAGCAUAUUUCCUACGUUUGACUUUAGUGACCCUGAAGAUGAUGCAGAACGCUACAGAGAAAAUACUAAACGCGGUAGGCGAAGUAUAUUCCCGAGUUUCAAUUUCAGUGGUCUUACUAGUAAUGAUGAAGAUACUGUAGAUGAAGAUGAGGUAAAGAAAUACCAAAACCGUACGAAAAAGGGACGCCUUAGCUUAUUCCCUUCAUUUGGUCGUUCUAAGAAAAAUGAUGACGACGUAAUGCCAGAGAGUUCAGAUGAGCUUGUCGAUUACAAGAACAAAACUCGUUCUGGACGUGGAAGCCUAUUCCCAUCCUUUGGUGGAUCUCGUAAAAAUAGUUCGCCGAAUUCAUGCGCAGGAGAUUUAGAAUCUUCUAUAAAACAAUUUAAUAACCAAAAGCGAUUUAAUCGUAAUAGGUCUCUUGAAGAACCGGGACAAACGUCAAGUGAUUUAGAGCGUUAUAGAAAUAGAACAAGACAUGGUCGCCCAAGUCUUUUCGACCCAGAUGUAAACAUAACUAGUCUUCCGGAAGCUGAACAAGUUGAAGUCUUAGAAAACACGAGUGUAGCUGAUCUUCUCAGAGCCUUAGCAGUUUUGGAAACUGCAGCUGGGUCGUCUAACGAUCCUCCUGGACUACUGGACUUCAUAACCGAGCCAAGCGCUGUUGCGUCUCGACGAAGGGGAUCGAUUAGACCAGAUUUUUCAAUACCUACGCCUCCUAGUAGGGAUAGUCUUGAAGAUAAGUCAAGACGUUUUGAUGAUUCUGGACCACGUCGAAGAAGGGUGUCUGCAAGGGCUGCCGCUCCACAGUUUACUCCUACAUUAGCAACUGUUGUUGCUGGGGCGGAGUUACAGAUACCAACAGCUACUGCUGCACGAGAGACUCGCAUGUCUAUGUUGCAGCAGCCGCCGCCUCCUUAUUCAGAGACUGAAGGUGAAGAAGAGGUAACAAAACCUCGAACGAGGAGGUAUUCCCCUGCUCCACCUGAUGCUGGCCGAUCCAGCACAGGUCCUGUGCCAAGACUCUUCUCUCGUAUGCGAAGAGAAAGCGCAAACGCUGAAGAAGGAGAUUCAAGACGUUGUAGUUUAACUGAUGUAGUUGUAGACAACUUUAAAGACAAAGACAAUACGUAACAAAGUGCCUCUUAGUAAAUAUAGUGAGUAAUUAUUUAAAAUUGUAAUUUAUUUAAUUUAAGUUAGAAUUAAGUAAGUGAUGAAUAUAAGCCGUCCAAUAUUUUAUAGUCGUUUUAAUGUGAUUCCUAAAAUCAAUUAAUAAAUAGAUCGUCUAUAUUUUUAUUGGAUGUAGUAAAGGACUAUAAUUAGGUACUUUGUUUGUUAUGCACAAACAGGUCAUUGAUGUCAUAAAAUAAAAUUUAAUUAUAAAAUGUACAUUGAUUAGAAUUAUAAGACUGCUGCUUAUUCCUCAGAGAAUGGUUGUAAAAUGUUUGCUUGAGAUGUCUAAUUUAACUAUG